AUGGGGGCUGCGCCGGUGCCCGACGGGCAGUACACGGCCGCGGUGUACGGGCUGAUCCGUGCCGGACGCUGCGGGGAGGCGACGGCGCUGCUGAGCCGCGAGCUGCAGAGGAGCAGCCGCUCGCGGGGCGGCCUCUCGCUGAUGGGCUACUGCUACUACCAGCUGCAGGACUUCGCCGCGGCGGCCGAGUGCUACGAGCAGCUGGCGGCCCUGCACCCCGAGCUCGACGCGUACCGCCUGUACCUGGCGCAGGCCCUCUACAAGGCCGGGCUGUACGCCGAAGCGCUGCGGGCCGCCAGCCCGCUGCUGGACCGGCCCGCCUACCAGGGCCGGGCCCUGCGUCUCCAGGCCGCCGUCCACUACGCGCAGGGCGACCUGGCGGCGGCCAAGAGCCUGGUGGAAGAGGCGCUGGCCGCAGACAGCGGCCUCGGGACGGCCGAGGACCCCUCGGAGCGGGCAGACGCCGAGAUCAACCUGGGCUGUCUGCUCUACCGGCAGGGGCGGCACGAAGAGGCCGGCGGAAAGUUUGCAGGUGCCAUGCAGGUGCUGGGCUACUGCCCGGAGCUGUCCUACAACAUGGCGCUCUGCUGCUAUGCCACCAAGCAGUACGCCCCUGCCCUCAAGCACAUCUCCGAUAUAAUCGAGCGUGGCAUCCACCAGCACCCCGAGCUCAGCGUGGGCAUGACCACCGAGGGCAUCGACGUGCGCAGCGUGGGCAACACCCUGCUCCUGCACCGCACGGCCCUGGUGGAGGCCUUCAACCUGAAGGCUGCCAUCGAGUACCAGCUGCACAACCUGAAGGCGGCCCAGGAGGCGCUCACUGAUAUGCCGCCGAGAGCCGAGGAGGAGCUGGACCCGGUCACGCUCCACAACCAAGCGCUAAUAAACAUGGACACCCAGCCCACAGAGGGCUUUGAGAAACUGCAGUUUCUUUUGCUGCAGAACCCCUGCCCACCAGAAACCUUCGGAAACUUGCUGCUCCUCUACUGCAAGCAUCAGUACUAUGACUUGGCAGCUGACGUGCUGGCAGAGAACGCCCAUCUAACCUACAAACUGCUCACACCUUACUUGUACAAUUUCUUGGAUGCUGUUAUUACUUGUCAGACUGCCCCUGAGGAGGCUUUCCACAAGCUGGAUGACGCAGCAGGGAUGCUGACCGAGCAGCUGAGGAAACUCACAAAGCAAAUACAGGAAGCCAGGCAAAACUGGGAUGAUGAAGCUGUAAAAAAGGCUGUUAAUGAGUAUGAUGAGACUUUGGAUAAAUAUAUACCCGUGUUGAUGGUCCAGGCUAAAAUUUAUUGGGACAUGAAGAACUACACAAUGGUAGAAAAGAUUUUCCGCAAAUCAGUGGAGUUCUGUAAUGAACACAAGGUAUGGAAGCUCAACGUGGCUCACGUACUUUUCAUGCAAGAAAACAAGUACAAAGAGGCUAUUAGCUUCUAUGAGCCAAUAGUUAAAAAGCACUAUGAUAACAUUCUUAAUGUUAGUGCCAUCGUGUUAGCUAACCUCUGUGUUUCCUACAUCCUGACAAGCCAGAACGAAGACGCAGAGGAGCUGAUGAGGAAGAUUGAGAAGGGGGAAGAGCAACUGUCCUAUGAUGAUCCUGAUAAAAAUAUCUACCAUCUUUGUAUUGUCAAUCUAGUCAUUGGUACUCUUUAUUGUGUGAAAGGAAACUACGACUUUGGUAUUUCGAGGGUCAUUAAAAGCCUGGAGCCAUAUAACAAGAAACUAAGCACUGAUACAUGGUAUUAUGCCAAAAGAUGUUUUCUGUCCUUGCUAGAGAACAUGUCCAAGCACAUGAUCAUGUUACGUGACAGUGUCAUUCAAGAGUGUGUCCAGUUUCUGAAGCAAUGUGAACUGUAUGGAAGAAACAUCCCAGUUGUCAUUGAGCAGCCCCUCGAGGAGAACAGGAUGCACAGUGGGAAAAAUACCGUUACAUACGAAGCCAGGCAUUUGAGGGCACUGAUGUAUAAAAUUGUGGGAUGGACUGCAUGAACAAUGUUCCUGUACAGUACAAAAAAAGAACCUUGUGUCUGUUUUUUCCUUAAGCUUGUGAGAUGAUGUUCACCCUGGUAUAGUUUUCUUGAUUGCUUAUAUUUAAAGAUUUGUAUCCUGUAUUUCAACAACAUUCAGUGUAACAUUAAAUAUAUGCUCAAAUUGAACAUGUACGAAGUAAUUGGAGGCAUUCUCAGUUAUGUCAAAUACGCCUUAAGAUGAGCUGAUCAAGAAUUUCACUACAGAAAUAUCAUAGAACAUUUUAUAGGUGAAAACUCUAUCCCCGUGACAGUUUGACCAAGUUUCUUUAUGUUAAUUGGCAGUUUAAAAUAAUUUGCAAUCCAUCUCUUCUAGCACAGACACUGAAGAAACAAAGUUCUCUAGUUUGUGCCAGUGUGUGAAAAGUUUCUCUUCUGCUUUUUCUGAGGUAUUCUUAAUAUGUUGCACAUUAUGUUGAUUGUAUAC